AAAACACCAGGAGAAGAAUAUUCAACAUCAUUUGGCUUAAAUUUGUUUACAACUUGUUAGAAUCACUUUCCAGAUUUCUAUUCAUUCAUGGCAACAUAGAGUCAACGUUGAUAAGACAGUCUCCUGUUGAUCAGAGGUCAUCAAAACAAUUUCCCAGUGAAAAUCUCCGUAUCGAUAGAAAAUUGCGAGAUAUAUCAAAUAGUAUCAAUAAAAAGAAGUGCGUGAUGUCCAAAGCUGAAUCCAUUAUCAGAGAAUUAUUCAGAUUAUCGGUAAGUGCAGUAAAACCUUAUGCACUCAUCCAGCAAAAUAUUAGUGUAAACGGUCGCCAUCUUUUGGUGAGAGACAAAACUCACGAGAUUAUCAAGCCAGCACGUGUAGUAGGAUUUGGCAAGGCAGUACAUGGAAUGGCCACAGCUCUGGAAGAAACCUUGGGUUCACUCCUAGAGAGAGCAAUAGUUUGUGUCCCAGAGGGAUCUUUGAAUGUGGAAAAUUUGAAAAGUUUCGACGCUACAAAGAGUAAAAUUGAAUUCUUGGAAGGAGCCAAUAAUAAUCUUCCCGAUGAGAAUGCGAUGUAUGCUGCCUUGAAAAUAAGGGACUUCGUACAGAACCUCGACGAAGAUGACACAGUAAUUGUCCUCAUAUCUGGUGGAGGCAGCGCCCUACUCCCUCUACCAAAAGGUAGAAUCACGCUUUCUGAGAAACUGGAACUGGUGAAAAAGCUGGGAAAUGCAGGCGCAAACAUAUUCGAGAUGAACUGCGUUAGAAAAGAACUAUCAGUGUUGAAGGGAGGAGGGUUAGCUCGUCAUUGCUACCCUGCCAAAGUGAUCACUUUAAUUUUAUCAGACGUUAUUGGAGAUCCUAUCGAUAUAAUUGCCAGUGGACCAACUUGUCCAAAUCACGAUGGUCCUGGAAAAGCCAUAGAAGUAUUGAAAAAAUUCUCACUUUACCAAGACCUUCCAACUUCUAUCCGAGAAACCCUAGAGAAUAGUUUGAAGCUAGAGAAAUCAUAUGCUCAACAUGAAAGAUAUUUCCAAAGAGUGGACAACUUUAUCAUUGGCAAUAAUCGAAUUGCCACCCAAGCAAUACUCAGUAAAACACAAGAACUAGGAGUACAAUCCGUCAUAUUGUCCACCGAUGUUAGUGGAGAUGUUGAAGAAAUAAGUACAAUCUACGCGAAAAUAGCUGAAAUAAUACUAUCCUUCCUCAGAGAGGAGACAACUAAAGAUGAACUCAUUGAAGCACUCUCAUCUGUUCGAUCAAAUUCAGUUACUUUCAAGAUGGACAAGUUGUCUGAAGAUGUCAAGAGUUUGGAUACGAAACGUGAUCUUUGUGUGAUUCUAGCUGGCGAACCAACUGUUCUAGUGACUGGUGGAGGGAUAGGAGGGAGGAAUCAACAGUUAGCACUCUCGUUCUCAUUGAAAAUUUCCCCGUUGGAAAAAAUUGAUCCUAGAUGGGAUGUUUGGUUCUUGAGUUGUGGUACCGAUGGGAUUGAUGGGCCGACAGAUGCUGCUGGAGCUAUUGGAUCUUCCCAGUUGGAACGAAAGUGCAUCGAAGAAAAUUUGAACCCUCGAGAGUAUUUGGACAACAAUGACUGCUAUAGCUUUUACAGUCGAUUUAUGGAGGGGAAAUAUCUGGUGAAGGUUGGACAUACUGGAACCAAUGUUAUGGAUGUACAUUUGAUCUUUUUUGAAGCACAAUAAAGUUCUGUCAAAAACUGAA